AUGGCAGAACGGAUGAGCCUGCUCCCACCUCCCCCUCCCCCUCAAUGGGCCGUUGACAUGAACUCUGCCGCACCCAGCAGAGCGCCAAAGUCGGCCUCCUUCCCUGACCCGCCAGGCUACUCUGCCCCCAAGCCUGUGUCGAAGCAACGCGCCCAGCCAUCCGCCGGCACCUCCUCAGCACCACGCAAGACUGAAACAGACGCCCUGAAGCUUAAGAAGGCAUGGGAAAUAGCUUUCGCGCCAGCUAAACAGCUACCCAUGAACGCUAUAAUGAUGUACAUGUCCGGCAACAGCUUGCAGAUAUUCAGUAUUAUGAUGGUAUUUAUGCUUUUCAAGGGGCCUAUCGGUGGUAUUAUAGGUACGAACGCCGCGUUUGCCAAGUUGGAGUCGGACAGUAUUCGCGGGCAGAUGGUGGCUGUUAAGGUGGUUUAUGUGGCGAUGCAGUGCGUACUGUUGGCUCUAGGGGUGUGGAAGGUCAAUGGGAUGGGAUUGCUGCCGACGACGAGAUCAGACUGGCUGGCAUGGGAGACGGAGCGGAGUCCGCUGGAACGGGCAUAUUUCGCUUUUAAAUGA